UACGUACGUACUCUCAACUUUACGCCCCUAAUUGUGCAUCGACGUCACGCAUGGACUUAAUCCAAGUCCAGAUCCGGUUUGUACCUUAUCAACUGGAAUCAUCUCUUCUAUUACCACCUAUUUCAUACCCUAAGCGUUUAGCAUUCCUACCGGUACGAUCACGAACCACCUGUUACUUCUUGUGAUAUCAAGACUUGAGCCAUGACGGACACUACGUCACUUUCCCGGUGGCCCCCGGCCGAAGGUCUCUCCACCCCUAUCGUCGCCCGCAAGGAUGCCAUUUUGACAACCUCUGCAUCCAUCUCUGUAUCAGCUCCAGCCCAGCGGGUUUUCGACCUGCUCCUCUCGACGACCAGCUAUCGAGAAUGGAACACCUGGGUCCCUCGAGUGUCCAUCCAAUCUCAGCCGGAGGGCGUCCCCCACGACUCAACCGAUCUAGCGGUGGAUACUAAGUUCACGUUCCAUGUCAUCAUGGAUGAAAGGAAUCCGGGCAAGGUGUUCGACACGGGGUUGCGCAUAACGGAUAUCUCGACCCCGGCGAAUCCAUCGUCCUAUAUCCCUCAAGAGGUACUGGACGACGAUCCAACGUACACUGCAGAUCUCUCCACGAUCUACCGCGUGUCGUGGAAAACAGAGGGGGGUUGGAUAAAUGCAGGUAUGCAGGCUGAGCGGUUUCAUGAGAUUAUUGUGGUAGGCGAGAAUGAAUGCGAGGUGCGGACUUGGGAGGUCAUGGGCGGAGUCCUCGCAAGGACGGUUAAGUGGAUGAUGGCGAAGACGCUAGAUGAGAAGUUCGUGUUGUGGGUUACUAGUCUCAAGAAGGCGGCUGAGGCACCCCAGGGCAGUUCGACCUAGAUGUUACAGCAGAACUUGAACAGAAUCAAGAAUUCAUAUGCGAACUAGUUGGAACGCCUCUAGAAUAUACAUAUCCGUGUGUCACCCCGUCUUGCGAGAUUCUCGUGUGCCGUUCGCACCCCAGGCUGCGUUCUGAUAUAUGUAACUGCCUCCUCUCCGACCCCAAUAUCAGCUAGAACAGAAUUCCUCGCGCUCAUGCGAUGCCUUGAUCCUUGAUUCCAUGCGGCAACCACUUCGGCCGUUUGAUGUUCUUCUCCUCAUCCGGCGCCUCCAACAUCCCCAGUCGCCGUAUCUGUUUCUCGGUCGGGGCGUCCACUCGCGGAUCCUCGAGGAUCUUCUUCCGGUAGGCAGCCUGUAAUUCAGAUACCCGUUUCGCCUCCUUCCUGUGAUAUAGGCACUCGUAGUAGUCCUCUAAUGGCAGUUGGCAUUUCGUCAACC